AUGUGGUACCUUUACAUGCUUAAGUGCAUUAUUCUGUUCGUCUUUUGUUUUAUUUUAUGCUGUCUUCUAUUUCAAUUAUCUUUCGAAGUUAAAUCAGUAUCUUAUUUUUCUUCUCGAAUAAAUAAACGUGUUCAUCAUACUGCAAUCAUAUUAGCAAGAAUACCUUCAAUCAAAGUUUUAAAACAUUUAAAUGCCUUAGUUAAUGCUGGUGUUGAUGCUUUUGUUAUGUGUGAUGAAGAACCCUCCAAGUAUACUAAUUCAACCAAUCGUACUUUAUAUGUUAAUAAUGAACAACUUGCUCGAUAUGGUUUAACUAGAAAUCGUGUUUGGGAUAGAGUAUUUGUUUGGCUUUAUAAUCAAAGUUCGAUAGAUUAUGUCUGGCUUAUGGAAGAUGAUGUUACAUGGAGUAAUGUACAUCAUAUAGUGAAUUUAUUCAAUACAUACGCAUAUAAUCAAGCAGAUCUUUUAUCAAGAAAUAUCAUCUAUAAAAAUAAACAUACUCUUGGGUAAGAUAUUCCUUCUUUUUGAAUUAUAAAAAAAUAAAAAAUAUAUUCAAUCCAAUAUUUCUAUUCAAACUUGUUUUAUAGUAAGAUAUCCAUGUAGCGAUUGAAACAUUAGUGAUAAUGAUAGUCAAAAUUGCUUUUCAUAAUAAUCAUUAGAUCUGAUCGCAUAGCAAAUUUAGAAAAGUCGAUUAUACUCUUAUGUUUUUAUAUUUUUAUUCAUACUAGAAGCAUUAAGAUUUGUAAUAAAGUGAGCGACAAUGCGUAGGCAUUUUAUUUUAUAAUUUUGUUCGUGAUAUUUAUUUUAGGAAAUAGAUUUAUUAAGAAACUAGAAAUAGUGAUGUAUUCUAGUUUGAGAUUAACAUUAAUAGUUGCUCGAAGAUAAUUAAAAAUUUUAAUGUAAAGGAAACAAAAUGUUUAUCUGUUAGAGUAGGAUGGGGUAAAAUGGCACAAGAAAUUGAAGUUUUUUAGCGUAUUGCUCAUAACUUUUUUAUUUUGAACGAUAGAAAAAAACUUUUGAAACAAAAAAUAUAGAAAAAACAUUU